GGGAGCGCCACCUCCACCGCCCGGCCCAGGCCCAGGCCCAGGCCCUGCGCAGAGCCGAGCGGAGCGGCGUCCACCCGGGCCCAGCGAGCCGGCGAGGCGGGGGCGGGCCCAGGAUCUUCGGCGAAUCUUCUAUUCUCUAGGGCAGGAGCGGGAUCCCGGGCGCCCCUGAUCCGUCUGGGCCCGCUCCCAUGGCGAGCGCGGCCUGCCCGGGGCCCGGGGACCCUGCCAUGUGAGGCAGGCCCCGGCCUGGGGGCCCGGCCAUGGCCGGGGAACGGCCCCCACUACGGGGCCCUGGGCCCGGGCCUGGAGAGGCGCCGGGGGAGGGGCCCCCGGGGCCGGGGGGCGCGGGAGGAGGCCCGGGCCGGGGCCGCCCCUCCUCCUACCGGGCUCUCCGCAGCGCCGUGUCCAGCCUGGCACGCGUGGACGAUUUCCACUGCGCCGAGAAGAUCGGGGCCGGCUUCUUCUCUGAGGUCUACAAGGUUCGGCACCGACAGUCAGGGCAAGUCAUGGUGCUGAAAAUGAACAGGCUCCCCAGUAACCGGGGAAACACUCUAAGGGAGGUGCAGCUGAUGAACCGGCUUCGGCACCCCAACAUCCUAAGGUUCAUGGGGGUCUGCGUGCACCAAGGGCAGCUGCACGCUCUUACAGAGUAUAUGAACGGGGGGACCCUGGAACAGCUGCUGAGCUCCCCCGAACCCCUAUCCUGGCCUGUCAGGCUCCGCCUGGCUUUGGACAUCGCCCGUGGCCUGCGGUACCUGCAUGCCAAAGGGGUAUUCCACCGAGACCUCACAUCCAAGAACUGUCUGAUCCGACGGGAAGACCGAGGCUUCACAGCUGUUGUGGGUGACUUCGGGCUGGCUGAAAAGAUUCCUGUGUAUAGGGAAGGGGCAAGGAAGGAGCCUUUGGCUGUGGUGGGUUCCCCGUACUGGAUGGCUCCAGAGGUGUUGCGAGGCGAGCUGUAUGAUGAGAAGGCUGACGUCUUUGCCUUUGGGAUUGUCCUCUGUGAGCUCAUCGCCCGGGUCCCUGCAGACCCUGACUACCUGCCCCGGACCGAGGACUUUGGGCUGGAUGUGCCUGCUUUCAGGACCCUGGUAGGGGACGACUGCCCACUGCCUUUCCUGCUUCUGGCCAUCCACUGCUGCAGUAUGGAACCGCGCACUCGUGCUCCCUUCACUGAAAUCACCCAGCACCUGGAGUGGAUCCUGGAGCAGCUGCCUGAGCCAGCCUCCCUGCCCCGGGUCCCCCUGACACGCGGUCAGGGAUCUGUUCCAAGAGGGGGUCCCUCUGCCACACUCCCCAGGCCAGACCCCCGGCUCUCCCGAAGCCGGUCAGACCUCUUCCUACCCCCAUCGCCAGAAUCACCCCCCAACUGGGGGGACAAUCUGACUCGAGUCAACCCCUUUUCACUACGGGAAGACCUCAGAGGUGGCAAGAUCAAGCUCCUGGACACACCCAGCAAGCCAGUGGCCCCUCUACCCCUAGUACCACCGUCGCUACUGCCCUCCACCCAGCCGCCCCUGGUGACCACCCCGGAGACCUUGGUCCAGCCUGGGACACCUGCCCGCCGCUGCCGCUCGCUGCCGUCAUCCCCUGAGCUGCCCCGACGGAUGGAGACAGCACUGCCGGGUCCUGGCCCUCCUGCUGUGGGCCCGUCAGCCGAAGAGCAGAUGGAGUGUGAGGGCAGCAGCCCUGAGCCGGAGCCCCCAAGACCAGCCCCGCAGCUGCCCCUGGCCAGGGCCGUGGCCACAGACAACUUCAUCAGUACCUGCUCUCCGGCCUCGCAGCCCUGGUCCCCUAGAUCAGGACCUCCCCUUAACAACAACCCCCCGGCCGUGGUGGUGAACUCCCCACAGGGCUGGGCAGGGGAGCCCUGGAACCGGGCCCAGCAUAGUCUGCCCCGCGCAGCAGCCCUAGAGCGGACAGAACCCUCGCCGCCCCCUUCAGCUGCCCGGGAGCCUGAGGAGGGGCUGCCCUGCCCCGGCUGCUGCCUCGGCCCCUUCAGCUUUGGCUUCCUGUCCAUGUGCCCCCGCCCCGCACCAGCUGUGGCCCGCUACCGCAACCUGAACUGUGAGGCGGGCAGUCUCCUCUGCCACCGAGGGCACCACGCCAAGCCACCCACCCCCAGCCUGCAGCUGCCCGGGGCACGCUCUUAGCAGUGGGGCCUGUGGUCUCUGGCCUCCACCCUGGCCGUCAGGAUGCCCCGUGAGGACGGAGAGCACACGCUGGACCGCGCCAGCCCUGGGCGGGCUGAGCAGCUCUUGCCCCAUACAGGGGAGGCUCAACAUGGACGCAAGGAACAGAACAUUUCCUUUCCAACCCCUGGGCUUGCUCUCCCGUGGGGAUCACUGAACCAGACAACGCAUUGCUGACACACGAGACUAACACGUGCAAAUUAUUUAAAAAUAUUUCAAUAAAACUGCCUGGCUGGCUCCGGGCUGCCCCCAUCCGCUCAGCCCGUGCGCCCUCCCCA